AUGGCAUCAAAUAGAAAUAGUUUUCAAUCUAGAACAAAUAAUGAAAAAUCUGAUUAUAAAGCAGGAAAAUGGCAAGCAUCAAUUUCAACACCAUUAUGUGCAUUUUGUAAUAAAGCUGUUUAUCCAGCUGAAGAAAUAAUGGGUGGCGGACAAAAAUUUCAUAAAUUUUGUUUUAAAUGCACUAUAUGCCAUGUAUUACUCAAUUCACUUAGUUUAAAUGAACGUAAUCAAAAACUUUAUUGUACAGGUUGUUACAGUCGUGAAUUUGGUCCACGAAUGGUUUCUCGUCAUUUUGCAACAUCAUUUCCAUCGGAUUUGGAUUCACCACCUAGUAGUCCGAGAUUAAAUCAAGAAGAAGAAACUGAUUUUAAUAAUGAAUAUUAUCAACGACAAACAGUAAUAUAUUCAUCACCAUCUUAUGAGUCAUAUGAUGAUGAUGAUGAUUUACAUCAUAGAAAUCUGAAAAGUACUAUGAUGAAUGGCAUAACAACAUCGAACACUAAUCGAUCAACAUCAAGAAAUGUUAUAAAUGAUAAUGCAUUUAAAAUGAUGUCAAUAUCAGGAAAUAUUUGUCCACGUUGUUCAAAAACGGUUUAUCAAGCUGAAGAAAUUAAAGCUAUUGGCAAAUCAUUCCAUAAACAAUGUUAUACUUGUGCACAUUGUAAAGGAACUAUAAGUGGUGCUCAUUAUUCUGAACAUGAUGGAGAAAUUUAUGAUAAGAAAUGUUAUCAACGUUUAUUUAGUCCAAAACUAUCAUUGCAUAUCGAAAAGAAAGAUGACUAUAAUCAUGCAUUAGAAUGUCAUACAGAAACAUUUAAUAUUCAACAAAAAACUGAUGAAGAUGUACGUGAGACUCUGACUCUUCUCGGAAAUGUUUGUGAUAAUAAAAAUAAAAUGGAAAAUAAAGAAUAUGAUUCUAUUACUCCGAUAAAUAAAAUCAAACACCAUAAUGAGAAUUUUGCAUCUAAUUCAAAAAAAUUCAAAACAGAUCCUUCAACAAUCAAGAAUAAUGAUUAUACAAAGUUAUUAAAACUUGAAGAUUUACCAGUUGAAUUAUUUAUUUAUCAUCUAUUUCCUUAUUUUCCACAACAUGUAAUAAUUAAAAUAUUUUUCAAUUUAAAUUAUUCUUUUCAACAAAUUGUUAUUUCAUAUUUUACUAUAAAUACAAAUAUUGAUUUAACACAAAUAUCAGAAGAUUGGUUUUUUAAAUAUCUUUCAAAUUUAUCAUCAAAAAUAGAAAUUAUUAAUAUAGAUGAUAAACAAAUCGACAAAAUAUUUCAGUCAUUAAAUUCUUAUCCAAAACUUAACUCAUUAUUUAUAAAAAAUAUUCAAUUUUUACCUUUAACUAAAUGUUUAAAAUAUUUAAAAUUUUUCAAACAACUAAAAUAUUUAAAUUUAAAUGAAAAUGAAAAUGAAUAUAAAUUAUUUUCCGAUCCUUAUCUUAUACGUAUAAUUAUUGCAUCAUUAUUUGAAGAAGAUUCAUUAUUACAAAGUUUUACUUUAAUACGAAAUUUUCCUUUAUAUCUAGGUUUUAAUAAUUUCGAAAUAAUUAAUUAUUGUUUACAAAAUUUAACUAUUUAUUUAAUCCAUCUAGAUGAUUUAAUUUAUUUAUUAAAUACACUUCGAUCAUUAAAAUAUUUCUAUGGUAAAAUUGUCAAUGAAGAAAAUCAUAUAAAUGAAAAUAAAUCAAAUUUUUUAUUAUCAAAAUUAAUUAAAUGUUAUUUUGAAUGUAAACAUAUUAAACGUAAUGAUUUAAAUUAUUUUUUAAAUCAACUUAAACAAUCAACAUUAUUAGAAAUAUUUAAACUUAAAAUAAAUUCUAUGAAUGAAAAAUAUACAGAAAAUGAAAUUCUUGAAAAAUUACCAAAUUUAAAAAAAUUUUCUUUUUAUAUACGAUUUCAUCAAUUACAUUUAACAUCUCAAAUAAUACAAAAUGAAUUUAAUAAUAAUCGACUUAUAUGGUAUAAAGAUGAUUAUUAUUAUUAUUCAUUUCUAUCAUUACCUUAUAGAUUUAAACAAUUAUCAAAUAUAUCAAAUAAUAUUGUUUAUCAAAAUUUAAAUAAUACAAAAGAUAUUCUAUUAUUUCCAACAGUUGAACAUAUUGAAAUAUCUUAUAGUAAAGAUCAAUUAAAUCCAAAAUUAAUUCAAUUUAUAAAUGAUCAAUUUCCAAAUUUAUUUACAAUGGAAAUUGAAUUAGGUAAAUUGAAUAAAAAUUUGAUGAAUGAUAAAAAAUUAAUACUAAAUAAAAUACGAAAAUUAAUAUUAAAUUAUAAAGAUGAAAGAAAUUAUUAUCAUAUCAAACGUUUACUAUUAUUAACACCAUAUAUUGAAAUAUUAAUUGUUGAUUAUAAUAAUAUUAUUUCUUACAAACAUAAAUUAAGAUACGAUGAUGAAUUAUUAUCAAUUCGUAAACAAAUAAAACUUUUAAUAAUUACUAAUUGUUCUCAUGAAUUUAAUUCAGAUGAAGAAGACUAUAUUAAGAAUAAAAUCUUUACAAAUUUAACAAAACUUCUUGUUAGCUAA